CCCAUCCUACCCCGUCCCGUUUCGUCCCGUCCCAUCCUGUCCGGCCCGCGCCAUGGGCAGCACGCUGCGGAAGAGCCAGGCGGUGCGGCAGGCGCCCGGCGGCGCGCCCCCGGAGCGGCGGCGCCCGGCAGGGGGAGCCCCGAAGCUGCGAGAAGGACAGCGCGAAGCAGCAGCAGAAACUUCCCAGCCCAUUGCUUCUGUACGGGAGAAGCAAAUAGGAGGUCAUGAGAGAGCUUUAAAGGCACAUAAGGAAGCAGACAAUCCUCAGAAAACAAUGGAAGUGAACGGGCUUACGCCGGUACCGGAUUCCUAUGACUAUGAUCUCAUUGUCAUUGGUGGAGGCUCAGGAGGUCUGGCAGCUGCCAAGGAGGCUGCCAAAUAUGAAAAGAAAGUGAUGGUGCUGGACUUUGUCACGCCUACACCUCAGGGAAGCUCAUGGGGUCUUGGAGGAACAUGUGUAAAUGUGGGCUGUAUACCUAAAAAAUUGAUGCACCAGGCAGCUUUACUGGGACAAGCCUUGCAAGAUUCACGCAAAUUUGGGUGGCAGUUUACAGAAGAAGUCAAACACAACUGGAUGACCAUGGCCGAAUCUGUUCAGAAUUACAUUGGCUCACUGAACUGGGGCUAUCGGGUUGCACUGAGAGACAAGAAGGUCACGUAUGAGAAUGCAUAUGGAGAAUUUGUUGGGCCACACACAGUUAAGGCAACGAACAAAAAGGGAGUUGAGAAGCUGUACACAGCUGAGAGAUUUAUCAUUGCCACUGGUGAACGACCACGCUACCUGGGUAUACCUGGAGACAAAGAAUAUUGCAUUAGCAGUGAUGACCUCUUCUCUCUGCCUUACUGUCCAGGGAGAACCCUGGUGGUUGGAGCUUCCUAUGUUGCCUUGGAGUGUGCAGGAUUUCUUGCAGGUCUUGGAUUAGAUGUCACUGUAAUGGUGAGGUCCAUUCUCUUAAGAGGAUUUGACCAGGACAUGGCAAACAGAAUUGGUGAAUAUAUGACAGAACAUGGAGUCAAGUUCAUUAGGCAGUUUGUGCCAAUCAAGGUUGAGCGGGUUGAGGAAGGAACUCCUGGAGUACUGAAAGUUACAGCCAAGUCCACAACGGGGGACCAAAUAAUUGAGGGGACAUACAAUACUGUGCUGCUGGCAAUUGGACGAGAUCCAUGCACAAGAAGAAUUGGUUUGGGCAAAGCUGGAGUGAUUAUCAAUGAAAAAACAGGAAAAAUUCCUGUCAAUGAUGAGGAGCAGACCAAUGUGCCGUACAUCCAUGCUAUUGGAGAUAUCCUGCAGGACAAGCUGGAGCUCACACCAGUGGCAAUCCAGGCAGGAAGGUUGUUGGUUCGAAGGCUUUAUGCUGGGGCAACCACUAAGUGUGACUAUGUGAAUGUUCCAACUACUGUAUUUACUCCUUUGGAGUAUGGAGCCUGUGGGUACUCUGAAGAGACCGCAGUGGAGAAAUUUGGGGAGGAAAACAUUGAGGUGUAUCAUAGUUAUUUCUGGCCACUGGAGUGGACUGUGCCAUCCAGAGAUAACAACAAAUGUUAUGCAAAGAUAAUUUGCAAUAUUCAAGAUAACGAGAGAGUCAUUGGUUUCCAUGUCCUUGGUCCAAAUGCUGGAGAAAUCACCCAAGGGUUUGCAGCUGCUAUUAAAUGUGGGUUGACAAAAGAACAGCUGGACAACACUGUAGGAAUUCAUCCUGUCUGUGCAGAGGUAUUCACCACCCUGUCCGUGACGAAGCGUUCUGGUGAAAGCAUCGCUGUGAGUGGAUGCUGAGGUUAAAUUCCCCCAUCCUUGCUAUUGCCAGAGACUGACUUUCAUCACAGUGUCUGACUCCUGCAGUUCUGAAUAAAGGUUUUGGGAGGAGUCGCUCUUGGACACCUGCAGAAAAGUGUAGAUCUUAACCUGGACCUUCCAUCAUCCU